AACAAGGAAUUGAAUCAAUUACACUCUGCUGGAAGAGACAGUGACGUCACUGAGAUGAAAUCGACGCUUCCUCGUGGAUUUUCUGUUGACUCCAGGGACGCAACAGGCAGAACGCCGCUAAUGGAUGCUGCUUUGAAUGGCAACGUUAAAGCGGUGAAGAGUAUAAUGAAAAGGGGAGCAGACCCGUCCCUGAUGGACAACAGAGGAUGGAACACGUUACAUCAUGCCGCACAGAGCGGAGACACUGAUAUUAUAUCUCUAAUCCAUACUCACCUGCCCAACAUUGAGCCAAAAACAGGCGAGGGUUACACGCCACUAAUGGUGGCGGCAUUCUGUGGCAAUUUGCAUGCAGUGAAAUGGUUUCUUGAGAAGGGGGCAACUGUAGCCUGUGAAAGCAACAAAGGAUGGAACACGUUACAUUAUGCCGCACAGGGCGGAGACACGGAUAUUAUAUCUCUAAUCCAUACUCACCUGCCCAAAAUUGAGCCAAAAUCAGGCGAGGGUGAAACGCCACUAAUGGUUGCGGCAUUCUGUAGCAAUUUAAAUGCAGUGAAAUGGUUUAUUGAGAAGGGGGAAACUGUAGCCUGUGAAGGCAACAAAGGAUGGAACACGUUACAUUAUGCCGCACAGGGCGGAGACACUGAUAUUAUAUCUCUAAUCCAUACUCACCUGCCAAAUAUUGAGUCAACAACAGACGAGGGUGAAACGCCAUUAAUGGUGGCGGCAUUCUGUGGCAAUUUGCAUGCAGUGAAAUGGUUUCUUGAGAAGGGGGCAACUGUAGCCUGUGAAAGCAACAAUGGAUGGAACACGUUACAUUUUGCCGCACAGGGCGGAGACACUGAUAUUAUAUCUCUAAUCCAUACUCACCUGCCCAACAUUGAGCCAAAAUCAGGCGAGGGUGAAACGCCACUAAUGGUGGCGGCUUUCACUGGCAAAUUACAUGCAGUGAAAUGGUUUAUUGAGAAGGGGGCAACUGUAGCCUGUGAAAGCAACAAUGGAUGGAACACGUUACAUUAUGCCGCACAGGGCGGAGACACUGAUAUUAUAUCUCUAAUCCAUACUCACCUGCCCAACAUUGAGCCAAAAUCAGGCGAGGGUGAAACGCCACUAAUGGUGGCGGCGUUCUGUAGCAAUUUACAUGCAGUGAAAUGGUUUAUUGAGAAGGGGGAAACUGUAGCCUGUGAAGGCAACAAAGGAUGGAACACGUUACAUUUUGCCGCACAGGGCGGAGACACUGAUAUUAUAUCUCUAAUCCAUACUCACCUGCCAAAUAUUGAGUCAAGAACAGACGAGGGUGAAACGCCAUUAAUGGUGGCGGCAUUCUGUGGCAAUUUGCAUGCAGUGAAAUGGUUUCUUGAGAAGGGGGCAACUGUAGCCAGUGAAAGCAACAAUGGAUGGAACACGUUACAUUUUGCCGCACAGGGCGGAGACACUGAUAUUAUAUCUCUAAUCCAUACUCACCUGCCCAACAUUGAGCCAAAAUCAGGCGAGGGUGAAACGCCACUAAUGGUGGCGGCUUUCACUGGCAAAUUACAUGCAGUGAAAUGGUUUAUUGAGAAGGGGGCAACUGUAGCCUGUGAAAGCAACAGAGGAUGGAACACGUUACAUCAUGCCGCACAGGGCGGAGACACUGAUAUUAUAUCUCUAAUCCAUACUCACCUGCCCAACAUUGAGUCAAAAACAGGCGAGGGUCACACGCCACUAAUGGUGGCGGCUUUCUGUGGCAAAUUACAUGCAGUGAAAUGGUUUCUUGAGAAGGGGGCAACUGUAGCCUGUGAAAACAACAGAGGAUGGAACACGUUACAUUAUGCCGCACAGGGCGGAGACACUGAUAUUAUAUCUCUAAUCCAUACUCACCUGCCCAACAUUGAGUCAAAAUCAGGCGAGGGUGACACGCCACUAAUGGUGGCGGCUUUUUGUGGGAAUUUUCAUGCAGUGAAAUGGUUUCUUGAGAAGGGAGCAACUGUUACUUCUGUUGAGAGCAAUGGAUGGAAUAUAUUACAUUGUGCCGCACAGGGCAGUGACCCUGAUACCAUUGAUCUUAUCCUUACUCACCUGCCGGACAUUGAGUCAAAAACAGCUAAUGGUGAAACACCUCUUAUCAUCGCUGUUCUUCAUGGUAAGCUGCAGGGUGUAAAGUGUCUUCUUGAAAGGGGAGCCAAUCCUUCGGCUAAAGAUAACGAUGGACAGGGCUCUUUACAUCAUGCAUUAUCAUCGGACUCAGAUAUCUUUGACUUGCUGCUGAGUCACGUGCCUAGAAGUGAGUCAACAACGGGCAAUGAUUAACUCAGAUUGCAGAUUGCAUGGUGUUGUCAAUAGUUGACGUUCUCGUGUGGCUUUUACUAUACAGGAAAAACUCAGUGUUGGAGAUUUUUGAAUAUGAACACACUCUGAUAAAAGCCUGAAGUGUAUGUCUGUACAAUAUUGCCGGUGAUUUUAUUUUUAUGUAGUUAAACGUUUUUUAAAAUUGUUAUGAUGUUAUGUAUAUUUCACAACUACGAGAGUGUUUUUUUUGUUUUGUAGAACACGUAAAUGUAAUACAAUAGCUGUGAAAUUUUCUGCAAAAGUUUGAAAUAUGAACAUUGAACAAGUUUAUGGACAAGUUUAUGUCUCAAGCUAAGAAUGUGGUUUUUUUUUAUAGCAUUUGUACUGAGCCAAAAUCGAGGUUUUAAAUACUAUUUUCUAUAAAUAGUACAUGGCUUUUACAUUUUACACUUUGUACAGAAUAUCUCAUUUUUCAAGGACAUAUGUUAAUAGAAUACAUGAAGAAAUUUCUGCAUUCGGAUUGGCUGCAAUACAGUUUCCAGGUAACAUCAAUGCAGAAGAGAGCUAAUACAGUGCAGAACAUUGUUAAUUCAGUGAAAAAACGAUAAAGAACUGUUUAAUAGCUGAAAUGAGAAAGGUGUGCCGAAAAACUUCCCCUAAACACGUUGAUUUGACCUAACGCACAAUGAUGUUUGCAAGGUUUGGAUGAAUCAUUCUGUACGUGUUUCAACCCUCUUUGUUUCUGCGUUAUCAGGUGAAGGUAUCUCGAAAAUUAGAUCAUUUAUAAAUGAAUUAGAGGUGACAUGAUUUUCUUUGGCAAUUUGAAACAAGUAAGCACUCGUAACUUUUAAAAAGACUGCAAAUUACAACUCCAAUUGUUACAAAUCUUUAGUUAACCUUUGUAAGCGAGGUUAUAACAUUAGUCAAUAAAUUUUAUA